GAUGAUGGAGAUGUUCAUCAUUCACAGUAUUUCUGCUGCUUGUUAGCAUUUUCUUUCGCUCUUUUGGUUACAAAUACUGUAUGGUUUACUUCUCAGUAUCAUUCGGUGGCUUCUCUUAGUGGCCAAAUGAGUGCAUCAACGUCUCAGAUCCAAGUGAACCAGUCCAAGCCUGCUCAGGACAAUGGAAAAAAAGAUAAAGAACAGCAGCAGGACUCCUCAAAGGACAAAAAGGAAGAAAAAGACGAAAGGGACUCAAAGAAUAAAAAGGACUUAAAGGACAAAAAGGAGGAGAAGGACGAGAAGGACAAGAAAGAGGAGGACAAAAAGGAGGACAAAAAGGACAAGAAAGAGGAGGACAAAAAGGAGGACAAAAAGGAGAACAAAAAGAAGGACAAGAAAGAGGAGGAGGAUAGAAAGGAGGAAGGUGAUGAAAAGGAGGAAGAGGACGAUGAAAAGGAGACAUCAACAAAUCCAUCCCGUGCAUCAGACACUAGUGACCAAGGGACGGAAAAUGCAAAGGCUGAGGAGAAACUGCAAGCUGGUCCAAUAAAGGACUCCCUUGCAGUCUCCAAGAAUGUUGUGCUUAAAAAACCUGUAAAAGUGAUUCUUGGCAUAGAUGAAAGUGAUCUGAAGUCCAAAGGACAGCUGCCGUGGAAGAAAAAUCUUAAUUUGAAGAUAGAGAAGAGGGCCCAGGCCAUGCAUCAGAAAGUCUUAGAGAACGAGAACCUGAAGAAGGAACAGGAGAAGGUCACGAAAAAGCUCCCUAGGGAUGAAUUGGCUAAAGAGUGGUUCAAUACUGAAAGCAUGACCCUGAAUACCCGGGCAUACUUGCUGGACAAGCUUCUACCCACCCUGAUUCCUGGAGUGGAACAGAUGCUGAUGCAAGUGGAGAAGAAGAAGCUUUUGAGCCAAGCUGACAUCCCAAGCAAGUUCGAUCCGAUUAAUUAUUUGGGGGAAUACUUAAUGAGACACAAUACUCAUUAUAUCAAAGACCCAGGAAUGUCUGGCUACCAGAGGGUGAUGAAAGAGGUCACAGAAGAACUGAAGAUACAUGUUCCUGAUACGAUCAACAACAGAAUAUCCAAGAUGAAGGAGAGAGUGAAACAGAAGAGAGAACAAAGAGAGUAUAUAAGCACAGUCAAAGUCAAGGUGGCCACCAUGAGAAAGCAGGCUCUGGAGGAGCAGUUCAAUGAAUGGAUUCUCAACCCCAAAGGAAUGAUUCCAAUAGUCGUGAUUCAGAAUGUCCUUUAUGAUUUUUUUCAGAAGCCAGAGCUGCAUCUUGAAUCGCGUUGCAAAGAUCUGAUUAUCAUGAAAUCAGUGGAGCCAGGAUUGACCCAGCAUCAGUUUGUACAAUACAUUUCUUCAUACAUUAUGGACUUGAAAAGCGAAGUGUUUGAGGAAUUCCUUAAGCACCUGUGCCACUGUGCAGAAGAGUUCCGGGAGAUCAUAACGACUGACAUGCGGAGGCAGAUGUUUGCUGAACUCUUCCUAUACUGCGACAGUGGGAAGGUGAUGGCCUUGGAUCGGCAGAGGACACUGGCCUUGCUGGAAGCGUUCUUUGAUAAAACCUCUUCCACCACUAGGAGUUUACUCCGAAACCCAAGGCAAUGGCCAUUUGUCGAAUUUGAGGAGAUAGAGUUGACUGAGUUCUGGGGAGACAUGGAUAUUAAAAAGCACAUUUAUGAAAACUUUGAUGAACUGCUCUUAAAGAUGAAUAUGUUAGCUGCUGAAAAACUUUCAGGCAAACUCACAGAAGACAAAGAUAAAAAUCUCUCACAACCGCAGGAAGAGAUCAGUACGGACCAAGAGCUUUCACCAGAGUUAGCAACGGAGCCAGGAACUGCCACACAAGAAACCGCCAAACAGAAAACCCACAGGGCGUCACUUAAAGAACAAGGACAGGGCAUAGGACUUCGAAAACCAUCUACUUCAAGACAAAGACUAAGCAGAGGGUCAGUGGCAGAGCAAGGAUCCCGCAGAGGCUCUGUAGUGAACCAAACACAGCAGAGAGGGUCGGUGGCACAGCAAGGAUCCCGCAGAAGCUCUGGAGUGAACCAAACACAGCAGAGAGGGUCGGUGGCAGAGCAAGGAUCCCGCAGAAGCUCUGGAGUGAACGAAACGCAGCAGAGAGAGACCGUGGCAGAGCAAGGAUCCCGCAGAAUUUCAACCGCAGAACAAGAGCCACAAACAGAGCAAGACCCAAACAGAGAUUCAGUGCCAGAACAAGAACCGCCCAGAGGAUCAGUCACAGAGGAAGGAUCACAGAGAGGGUCAAUUUCAGAACCUGGGCAACGCAGAAAGUCAUUUGUAGGUGACUCUAGUACUUCUUUAGAAGCAGAGUCGCGCAGGGGAUCAGUGAUAGAUCAAGGACAGCGCAGAGCAUCCGGAGGGCAGCGCAAAGGGUCAGGAGGACGCAAAAUGUCAGUUUCGGAAAAUGGACCAUAUCAAGAGUCCAUAAAAGAGGAGCCCCUCGGUGAGUCAGAACAUGGACCACAAAUAGACACCAUUCAAGAACAGGAUGCAGACUCGGCUCCACAAUUAGAAGAAGGUGGCACCUUAGAAGAAAGUAAAACCUUAGAAUCCAAUAUAGUGAAAUCUCAAGAAAAAAAGCCUUCGCUGCUCACGCAUGAAAAACAAGUCCCCAUGGAUUCCGAACAGCAGCGUGAGGAAGUUCCCACAUCCAGCAAAAAGGAACGUCCACCAGGAACUUCAAAAAAGGAUUCUCAGAAAGACAAAGCCUGUGAACCAAAGCCCCAACACAUCGAAGGGAAGAAAUGGUUAGGAGAAUUUUUGAUGAGCGACUGGAAGAUGAAGUACAUCAAAUCUGAAGAUGAGGAACAGGCCAAAUUAAUCUGCGACGACUCCAGAUUUACAGACUUACAUGCAACUAUUAGGAGUUUUCAGACUUACAAGGGAAUCAAAGGGAGGAGUGCUUUCGAUGGAGUCUCCCUGGAUCUGCUGCAGUUCGUACAGCUCCUGGAGACAUUUGUUGGUGAAGACACCUCCUUAAGUGUCAGCCAGAGCCUCGUCUCCUUUUUUCAGAAGAACUUUUCUGAAACAAAGCAAGAGAAAAUUAAAGCCUUAGAACAGGCUAGACGGAAUUCCUUCCAAGUCCGACGGAAGAUUCUCCUGGAAGCCCUCUUUGAGAAGUGGGACAAUGAUGGCUCAGGCUUUCUGGAUCUGAAUGAAAUUGAUGAUCUCUUGUAUACAUACAAGGAGGGGAUGGAAAGAGAAUCUAUGAAGAAAGCUAAACUGCACAUAAACUUUCCAAAGCCGAGUCCUGGUCAUGAAGUCAAACUGUCUUCAAAGCAAUUUCAGAGGUACAUAGAACUGGUCGUAUCUGAACUCAGGGGCAAUGAAGACCAAGUUCUGGAAAACGUUGUGGAAUUCCUGAUGAGUUCUUUAGAGAGGACCCACACUGAGGGUCUAAGGAACUGUGCAAGACGGAAAUGGCUCCAUCAGAUCCAACAUGCUGCAGAGACAAGUGGGGUGUCCCUGGAGCCGGUGUACACUGAAACCUUCAGGGCCCUCACCCAGGAUGCUGAAGCUCACGGAAAUAAGAAGAUCAGUGCUCACAUUUCCCUCCUAGAGGAGAACGUACUCCUGCCUGAGAGAGGGCACGUUCUCUUGAGGAAUGUGGCUUGCACUCUAGAUGAUGCUCCGUUUGUCCUGAACAAAGUGCUGUACAGGGACAUGAAGGGAAUCAGCUUUACAGUAGUGGAUGAAGGCAAGCCAAUCCAUGUGCCCCAAGUUCAGCACCAUGGAAACAUCUUCUUCUGGAACAGUACCCGAAGUAAGAAUGAGCAGAAUGGGUCGUUCCUGGCCCUGCCUCUUCAGGAUGCAUACAUGAGGAUCUUCGGGGUCCUGGCAGUUGACACGCUCCGAGAUCCUCGUGAAAUAAACAUCUUCUUACCUCAUGAGAUCAGAUUCUAUCAGGGUGUUGCCAAUGCCUUCAGCGCGGCUUAUCACUACGUUCACAGCAGGGAACACAUUCUGCACACUGUGCUCACCGGCAUCAGGUGGCUCUUCGGUAUCACGGCUGGCAUCACCACCAUCACUAUGUGCUUCACCGAACCUAGCUCAGAACAGGAAGACUAUGUCUUGCGCAAUAUGAUGCUUACAGAUCAUCUCGGUGUAGCAGAAAUCCAUGCAGAUCCCCCCACUAUCUCGAGGAGAGCGUGCAUCUUCAGGGACUUCCUCUUUAAAUGCACAGACACUUCAGAAGUUAUUUUGGCUUCUUCUGGUGGAGAAACCCACAUUGCCAUUCCACUUCGCCAGAUAAGCGGAGAGGCUAUAGGUGUCCUCGAUGUUAACAUUGGCCGGAGUCGGAUGCUGGUAUAUCAAGAGUAUAAAGACCUACAGAAAAUGAUGAAGAUGAUCCAAAAUGUCUCCUAUGAAAUACUGGGCGAAGUCUCUGGAGAAAUCGAGAAACAAAUGGUUUUAGAGAUGGAAGUGGCAGGAGAGGUGAAGCGGGCAGCGAUUCUCUUCUUCCGAACCAUGCUGCAGGACCUGCGGGGGUGCCUCCGCCUCCUCGACUCCAUGGAGUUUGUGUCGCUGCUGCUCUAUGAGCACAAGCACUCUGUCGACUUUCUUCAAGAAGACCUCAGUCCCCAGGAGGUGGAAGCCAACGUGACACUUAUACACGACAUCCUGAAAGGAGUCAUCUUGUUCUCUCAGCAGGACAAAGACCCUUUCAGGGACUUGGAAGAGUGGGAAAGAUGGAAAUUUCACAUUAACAAGUACUUAGUGGAGGAGAUCUGUGCGCUUGAUCCAACUGCUAGCAAUGUGGAAAUCAAUGUAGAGCUUAUUACAAGAUAUAUCCAAGAUCAUUCUCGAACUCAAGUCUGGAAAUUCAAGAACAUUGUCAUUGAACUCCUGUACCACUGGAUAAGCAUUUGCUUAACUCUGAUAGAGCUAAAUACCCAACAGGAUAGUUUUAUUGUACCUCCAUUGCCCAAGAAGAGCACUACCACUAUUUAUGCAAUGUCCUCGGAGAGAUCGUUUCGAGAGAAACUGUAAGGAUUGGUACCAUAUCAGGACAUGUAGAUGGUGUCCAAUGCUGUUAACUAUGAACUAUUUCCAACUGUAAAGAAUGCCCUUUAGACAUAUUCUGCUCCCCGAAAUUCAGCCCAGUACUCUCCAAAGCCAUGAGUGCUACCUAAGGGAGAAAUGCUAUCUGAAGAAUGUGCACUAACGAUGACCGGAACCGAGCGUAUCAGAAUACAGAAUAGAAUGUAUUCUAGUUGGAGCUUUCUGUGUAAUUGGAGACGGUGCUGGCUGUUUGGGAAGUUGCUUUCCAUUCAUUUAAACAACAGAAUAAAUAGUGCUGAGAGUCCGGGCAGGCAGAAAUGGCAGCUUUUACAUCAAAAGAGUACCAAACAAUAAAGAUUUGAAGAAAUGGACUUGUAACUUUUUUAGAUUUUUUUUGGUCAAAGAUUAUCCAAAAACUCCAUCUCUUCUCCGUCUCUUCUUUCCUUAACAAUUUAAAAGUCACUUUUCUAUUUCUGCUUGUUUGUUAGAAACAGAAUCUCUGUAUAUUUCUGAGGCUACCCUGGAACUGGACAUGUAGCCCAGGCUGGCUUUGAACCCCCGAUAUCCCUGCCUCAGCACCCUGAGGGCUGUGAGUAUAAUUAUGUACCCUGCCACAAACAUCGCUUCAAUGAUCAGGAAAUGUUUGUCCAUGGCUCACGGGAUAAAGAAAACAUCCAUUUUUAUUAACAAAAACUUAUCGAGUUUAUAACCACAGAAGAAUUUAUAUUUACCCAAAGCUGUUAUUACAGCGAACUUCACUGCUGUGUUGUAAGAUUUCAUCUCUGUAAGAAAAUAUCGGACAAAGAUGACAAACCCCGUUUUUAAUAAAAAUUGGGAAAUUAAA